UGCUGCUGCUGGUGGUGGUGUGCACGGAUAGCUAACAACACACUGUCACGUCGGAGAGCGUCCGUUCGAGGGCUCCAUUGCCGUUGCUGAAAGUAAAGCCAACACAAUCAUUCGAACGCGCUUUAAAGGUGAAGACAUACCUGAGACCGGGCCUGGGCGACUACAGGCAGCUUUCCCGAACGCAAACAGAGGGAACUGGCAAUCCGUUGGGUAGCACAGAUAACAACCGUCCAGUGUCGGGCUAGACAUCACAGCCACCGGAUAACAGCGGACAGUAGCGAGUAGAUCGUUCACCGGAUGAGACCAAACGAGCGUCUUUCGGCACAGCGUCCACGGGGUUGAUCUUGUGACUGGGGUGUGUACACGUGUGAAUACCCCGCGCGUGUGUGUGUAUACAUAGGCAAGAGAGGCAGAUAAAUCCACAGUCGAACGGACAAGCGCCACUAGUGCGUACGUGUGAAUUACGCGCCAUUGAAAGUUCGAAAAAGCUUCAGCGGAGAGUAGGUCGAGGAAGGUUUUAUUUCCUCCCAAUAAUUCGUUUCCUCCCCGGUUGCGUUUAUUCCCGGGAUUGUAUGUAAAUUUCACCAAACAAAACCCCUCCACCCACCGAUAAUUACAGUUCGAUAUCAAAACGGUUGGUUUGGUGUGAUCGUGAUCGUGGUGCAAAAAAAGACGCAGUUCAAAGUCGAGAGAGGAACUCACUAUUAUUAGCGUUUGGUGCGCCGAUAAAGCUGCAACCGGCCACCCUAGCCCACAUUGACGGUGCUCCGAUAGUUUGUGUUGUGUUCGUUCGUUGGCCGAAUUUGAUACGGUGCUCUCGUUAGUGUGCUGUUCAACGCAUAUCGCCACCAUGUUGCAGAAAGAAAAACAGAGCGUCGGAAGAAGGCGUCCACUUUCGCCUAAAAAUAAGCAGUUACUAGCAGUCUGCCUCUGUGUAUUGCUCUCCCUACCGAACGCAGCCCUCGGCCGAAAGGUGGCCUUGUCGCGGGUGACGAAACCGACCGCUCACCGUGGUUACGCGAAUGCGGACAUUGCCAAGCUGAGCUAUUCGCCAAGCCAUUCGGCACCGGCAUCGGCCCCGAAACCUGUGGCACCAGUGUACUCUUCUGCACCUGCUGGCCAUCCUCAAGCACCACCGGCUGCUCCGCACUUCCCACCAGCAGGCGCUGGUGGUGGUCAACCGUCUUACGGUUGGAAUGUUCCUGGUGCGCAUGGAGCUCCCGGCGCUGGCGGAGGUGUAUAUCCAGGAGCGGCAGCCGCUGGAGCUGCUGGAACGGGACUGGUCGCGGGCAAUGUCUACCGUUCGCAUGGUCAUAAUGCAACUGGAGGCGGUUUUGGAGGUGGUUUGGCUCACUCGCCACCCGGAGCCUAUCCUUCCUAUCCGGCCCAGCCGGCUCAAGGAUUCCCGGGUGCUCCGGUACAACACCCCGGUGGUGGUUUCCCUGCACCCGCCUAUCAACCCCAACCGGGUGGAUACGUCCCACAGCAACCGGGUGGAUUCCCUCACCAACCAUCGUACGUACCACCCGGUGGACACUACGAGCAGGGGCAACCUCACUACCAGGGACAACCAGGUCAAACGGUAGUUCAUCACUACGAGCAGCCUUCGAGCGGAGGUAGCGGUAUUGGAACGGUGUUGGGCGCUGGUGCAGCUGGAUUGGCCGCAGGUAUUGGCGGUGCAGCUCUUUACGAUGCGUUGAAACCGAAAGAAGGCAAGGAAGAACCUACGGCGACUACAACUGCCGCUACUACGACGACUGUUGCUGCAGCUGCUCCGACACCCGCUCCUGCAGCUGGUGAAACACCCGCUCCAGCAGCAAAUGCCCCAUUGGCACCGAUGCCCGUGAACCCUAACGGAGAGGCACCUCUUGCACCGCUGCCAACGGAAGCGACUCCCCUGGCAACUACUUCGCCAGUAGAGGGCGAAAGUACUGCCACCACCACUUCUAUUGGAAGCAGUUCAUCAGAGAACCCGCUCGGUAUGGCACCGCUGGCACCGAUGCCCGAUUCGUCUCCUGCCACUCCGGUCGACGCUACACCGAAUGUAUCUGGCUCGGAUGUGGAGGUACGUCACUCGGCCCUCAACGUACAGCCAGAUCUGUCCGCUUCGAUGGCUGAACCGGCGAGUGGUGGUGCUGCCGAGUCCGUGCGCCUCUCGUCCGCCAUUUCGAUGUUCGCCCUGUUGCCAGUCAUCGUCAAGUAUCUCCGCUUUUAGGUCCAUACCAACUCGCACCGUAGCGGCAGCAGCUUCGUGUACAUAUCGAAUAUCCUCUAGUAUUGAGGCUCGUUGCCGUGCGGUGUUUGGCGAUCCGAACGGAGCGCAAAUUGCUGUGCCACUACUUUUUUGUAGUUUAACGGGCGAUGUAGCCAAACCGGUGAUGCCCAGCAUGGUUGGGGCGAAGGUGCGGGUGGCAUGGUUAUUCGAGCCCGAUUAAGUAUUGUUUUGUUGUUGUAUAUGUUAGUAAUGUAAUCGUCAGUUUGAAACUGCACAACGACGUCUACGAGCAGGCAGUAUGCGAUCACGAAUGUUCAAUGUUUGAAUUUUAAAGACGAUAUGUAAUAAAAUAGGUUAACCAAACA